UAUUUUUCGCAAUCAAAAGUGUGUUUUACGUAGUUUCUUGGUGUUAGCUAGUUACUUGUUUUAAGAGAUGGCAGAUCAUCCUCGUUCAAGUGAGCAACAAGAAGCUGAUGAUGCAGCUUCCAAAGGUUGUGGAAUGUUUGACUUUCUCAAGAAGAAACCUGAAGAUGAGCAUGUCUAUGUGACUGACGCGACCAAGGAAAAAAAGGAAGAGGAGACACCUUCUCUUGCGGCAAGGCUUCACCGUUCUGGCAGCUCUUGAUGAAGAAGUGGAUGAAAAUGGGGAAAAGAAGAAGAGGAAAGGAUUGAAGGAGAAGGUGUUUGGUCACAAGGAUGAAGAUCAUGUUUCUGAAGAUCAUCAAUAUACAACUGAGGAGAAGAAGGGCGUCACGGAGAAGAUCAUGUUAAAAGUUCAUGCAGGUAAAGGGACUCAUGAGCAAGCCAACAAGCAUGAGCAUGAAGAUGGGGAGAAGAAAGGGUUUAUGGAGAAGAUGAAGGAGAAGCUUCCUGCAGCUGGAGGUCAUCAUGACCAAGCCAACAAGCCUGAACAUCAGGAGGAUGGGAAAGAGAAAGGGUUUAUGGAAAAGAUCAAGGGGAAGCUUCCUGCACCUGGAGGUCAUCAUGACCAAGCCAACAAGCAUGAGCAUCAUGAGGAUGGGAAGGAGAAAGGGUUUAUGGACAAGAUUAAGGAGAAGAUUCCUGGAGUUCACAAUGGAAAGCCCGAAGUUGAGCCUCGUCAUGAAAAUGGUAAAGAGAAAGGGUUUAUGGAGAAGAUCAAGGAGAAGCUCCCUGGUCAUAUCAAGCAUGAUGACAGUGAUGAGAAGAAAAAGGAAACUUAGUCGUUCGUAAACCUCUUUUUUUUACUUUCUUGAAUCAGCUUUCUGUUUUCAGUACUUUGCUUCAUCAUCUUCUUGUAUUGUGAUCACCUCAUCAUGUCA